AUGCAAUCGCUGAGCACGGUCGCGGAUUUCGCUUCUGGACAAGAUUUUGCUUGCGACGGUGUCGCAAUAAAGUUUCUUCCCCCUGGUGGAGCUCGGAUCGUGCUAGAGUCAGUGUUUCGUUCUAUGGCAGGCAACCGCAAGCUUCGCAGUUUGAAGCUUGAGGCUUGUGGCUUGUCCUGCAGCGAAGUGCACUUCUUGGCCGCAUUCCUGAAGGCCAUGCCAUUGGAAGAACCUCAGUUGGAGUUUCUGAGUGCAUCUCACAACCCAGGCAUCGCAGAUGAAGGAUGUUCGGUAUUGUCUUCCGCACACCAACUUUUCCAGAUUGAUACAGUGCACCUCGUAGACAUUAAUCUUACAGCAGCAGGGCUGAGGCAGCUGUCUUACCAUCUGCUGCAGAGUGCAAGGGUUGAUUCGUGUUCACGGCUUCGAAAGUUAUGUAUCGGAUCGAACGAUUUUUCUGGUUCAGUUGAACCAGAGGAUGUGCAUGCACAUGAUGUGGGCAGUUUGUCUUUCAGCGUUUCACCCGCCCAGGCCGAUUGCCAAAUCAUUGAAGAGGACCGAGAAUUCCAAAUCGGUCCAGAACUUCAUGAGGUGUUCAGAGUGAAUUUCCACAUUGUGCAGUUCUUACGAGCUUUGUCAACUGCAUCAAUCACAUAUCUGGACAUGAAGGACAGCCGUAUGAACCCUGACCAGAUGAAAGUGUUGAGCAACUUGGUUCCGAAAUAUUUGACAGCAUUGGAGACAUUCGAUUUGUACGGCGUCGGGUCCAUCGGGAUGGCGGAGCCUGAGAUUCGCGAGAUGGUAAAGCAGUGCGUCGCAAAUGGGAAAUGGCUGGUGGGAUUGAAACGCCUAGCUUUCGACCAGCUGAAGUUUCCCGAUCUCUGGAAAUAUUGUCAAGCUUGUUUCCGCGGCUGCGGAAGGAAAGGAGGCGGGAAGGGUAAGCCACAUGGUCAGAAAGGGACGAACAUGAUACGAAACGCAGGCGUGAAGAUUCUGAAUUUGGGCACCACGUUCCAUGUUGGUCUUGUCGACGAUAUCACGAGGUCUCUGUCGAGGAAGGGAUCUACGACGUCCGUUUUCCGCAUGAGGGAUGGGAGCGUGUUUUUGAAGGAUGGAAGCCGUAUUCUAGCAUCGAGUGACAUUAAAGUCGGCGACACAGUGCAAUUCCAAGCGGUGUACAACGCGACAUCCCGGUGCUUGGGGCUCACUUCAGUUUGCCGAGUACCUUCAGAGACCCUUCGCGGCCCUUGCCAAGAUCAGUGCCACGUUUUUUUCUAUCGCUACGAGGUCGGAAAGUUGUUGGUAAUACCUGGGCGGUCAGCCCAGAUGCGUAAGCUUGCAGGCCGUUUGGAUAAUCUAUGCAUGGAGCCUGGGCCAUAUUUAGAAGAAAGGUUCCCCGGUUGUGUGCGCAAGGGCCAGUGCAUGUUCCCAUCGUUUGAUUCUAUCAUUGCGGACGUUGACGUUAGCGCGAUGACCGACGACGAGGUUCACAUGUUGGCUCGAUUGGAGAACCCAGAACAUUUCCUCGCAACGUUCGGGCGUCGCCUUGGCGUCAAUGAGACUGUCCGCGCGCUCGUGGACCGCGUGAAAUCUCAAACUGGAGUGGUGGCGCGCUAUUUCCAAGGGGAGGAGAGCAGGCGCGCGUCGUCGCACUACCCUGCAGAACACCGUGCGCAGCAGGUGGUGCCGCGUCAGGCGACGUUCUCGAACCAGAUCAAGGCUGUUGGUACAUACGGCGAUCGUGAUACUUACUGGGCGUUCCCCCCGCUGGUGCACGGAGCGCUGUCGAAUAUGUUGGAAGCAGAUUUUCUGGAGCACAUGGCUGCCAUUGGGCAGCGGCAAGCCAGGAGUUCUUCCUUCUCAGAGAUUCAGCAGAAGGAUCACAAUUUUACGAGCGUAUAG